AGCUUUCCUGAAGGGAACACCAUCCUCAUAUAAACUUAGACGAGAGAGAGAGAGCUCUUUGGCUUUUGGUGUGUUGUUGUGAGGUGAGGGUGGAUGCAACACAAGCUCAUUUGUACAGAUACUAGUGUUACUGUGGCUGCUCAUGGACUUGAAUUUGCAAAUUCCACAGAGGAAUACACAUUUUACAGUAACACCAAUCCCACAGAGGAAUACACAUUUUACAGUAACACCAAUCCCACAGAGGAAUACACAUUUUACAGUAACACCAAUCCCACAGAGGAAUACACAUUUUACAGUAAUACCAAUCCCACAGAGGAAUACACAUUUUACAGUAACACCAAUCCCACAGAGGAAUACACAUUUUACAGUAACACCAAUCCCACAGAGGCAUACACAUUUUACAGUAACACCAAUCUCACAGAGGAAUACACAUUUUACAGUAACACCAAUCCCACAGAGGAAUACACAUUUUACAGUAACACCAAUCCCACAGAGGAAUACACAUUUUACAGUAACACCAAUCCCCAUAUGUGAAAAAGAAGCAGGCUGUCGAUUUGUGUACAGUCAAUACAUUCAGAAUAUUCAGUAGACAAGUUGGGAGCUAAACCAAGCAUUCCAAGAUCGUCUGCAGUUUACUUAAGACCAAGCCCUUUGGUCCCAUAUGUAUUUUUCUCAUGCAGUUGAUAAAAAUGUAUUUUUUACCCAUGGGACAGUCAGUCAAUUGUUGUGACUCCCAUCAGUGGGAUUGUAAUUUCAUAUAAUCUUUAUGCAAUUGGAACGGUUUGUAUAAUGUAUGACUGACCAUUUUCCUUAUUUGUGCUGGAUCUUGGCCAAUGCUUUCUGUGGGUUAUUGUGUGUAAUAAUUUAAUGUUUGCGGACAUCUAUGAAUAUUCAAUUCACUUGUGUGAUGAAUAAUGUGACAGGGCUUGCCAAUUUGUAACAGUUGGUAUAAUAACCAGUAGGAGAACAAAAUAGCUAAAAUCUGCUUUUGGGGUUACUAGGGUACUUUUGGCACAUUAGUAAUUGUCUAUGGCCUGUAACAAAAACCUGCACAGCAUGCUAUUUCCACUUGGUCAUGUGGUAAACCUAGGCCAUAGUCCAAAAUUCCCCAUAAAUCAAACCGAGAUCUAGAAAAACAGUUGAUUGGAAACAAUGAGGCUUCUGAUAAUGGUCCAUUUGACACAGCAAUAUUCCCCUUCGCCUGUCUGCCGUUUGUUUUUGUCUUUUUGCUCGAUCAUCAUUGGCAGAGCUUUUGUAUUGUCAGCCACAAAGGCUAACAAACUCUGGAAGGCCCUAUGCGCGCGGCUUGCGUGGGAUCAGGCCAGCAGGAGAUUUGUGGGGGUCUAUUUCGCAGCCGGCAGGGGCCGGGCAGCCUUUAGUCUAGCAUGAGACAGCCAAGGGUGAGCACCCGAGUUUUCACACACUAAAGGUGUUGAAGGGGAGAACGCACUCCGGGGAUAACACCAACCGAGACAGCGGGAGAGCGACAACCACCACCAUGCACCAGACCAGUUACAUGCACGAGGUGCGCAAGGAGAAGUAUGAGCGCUCCGAUGUCUUCGAGGAGCCCUACGGCCCUGACGCGUCGGCGGGCGCCUCGGCCAUCCAGGGCUGGGAGAGCCUGCAGGAACUCAACAGCCGUUUCGCCCGCUACAUCAACCGGGCACGCGUGCUGGAGCAGCGCAAUGCCGUGUUCCGGAAGCAGCUAGAGACGCUGCAGCGGAUGGAGGAGGCUAGCGGGCUCGAGGAGGCCUUUACCGAACAGAUCGGCCUGAACCAGCAGCGCAUCCGCGAGCUCUCCGCUGACCGUGCCAAGCUUGAGCGAGAGCUGAAGGACUCAUGCCGCAUGCUGGACGAGUUCACCAACAAAUACAGAAAUGAAUGUGAGUAUCAAGAACAGCUGCGGGGUACAUUGGAACAACUCAACAAGGAAGCUGACUAUGCCCUGUUGAGGAACCUGGAGUUUCAGAUCCACUCCCAGUUCCUUCAGGACGACAUCAACUCCACCAAAGACAGACACAGGAAGAACCUGGCAGAGAUCCAGACCUACGUGAACAUCCUGCAUCAGAUCAACCAGACAAUAACCCUGGUGCCCAACGUGGCCGUGGGCAUCUCUGAGGAGCAGGAAAAGCAGCUGGCCCAGAGGAGAGUUCCAGCCCUGCAAAGCCAGCUGGAGGAGUACAAGAGCGCCCUCUGCCAGCUCCAGGCACAGAAGCUGCAUCUGCAGACCGAGACGUCAGUGAUGGAGAAUUCCAUCAAGAGCACCCAGGAGAGCUAUGACGAUGAGAUCCAGCUGUACAACGAGCAAAUUGAGUCUCUGAGGAAGGACAUUGAGGAGGCCGAGAGGUCCCUGGAGAAAUACACCAACGAGUGCCGCCACCUGGCCAUGUACCAGAUCUCCCUGGAGAAUGAGCUGGAGAGGUACAAGAGGAUCAUUGAGAAUGAGGACAACAGGUUGAAUUCAGCGAUAAUUGGGACUCCCAUUACCUUGUUCACCACCAAUUACCGCUUUACCCACACACCCACCGUGUCGAGCAGGGGCAGAGACAUCACCCAAGCCAUCCAGGACAUCAGCAGUGUCAAGCCUCGCCAGAAGAACCUGGCCAAGAAGGUCAUGAAGAAGAAGGAGAUCAGUCCCAAAGACGUGAUGGACAGUGGCCAGGACGAAAGAGUCGUUGGAGCUGAACACAUGGAGGAUGAGAAGCGAGGGAUGGCGGAGGAGGAGGACGAGGUGAAUAGGGAGAAGCAGAGUUCGCUGUACACAGGUGUCCCUCCCCAGGACGUCCCAGACGGAGCUCAGAUCAGCAAGGCCUUCGACACGCUCUGUAACAUCGUCAGAGACCGCAUGAGGAAGUAUAAGAAGCCAGAGCCAAUCGCUGACUUCUACACUAAGGGGCGCUAUGUGCUGGUGACGGGUGAUGGCAGCUACCCCCACCCCCAUUUUUACACCUCCAGCCCCUCCGCUGGACACGUCUUUGUCACCAUCUGCGACGGCAUGGUCUCCCCUUAUGACCCCUUCAGCCCAUACACCCCCUCCCCUGACCCCCCUCAUCCACAGCCCAUGCCACCCCCUUGCCCCUGUAUCCCCACCCCACCUUCCGACGGAGAGGGUGGCAAGGGUGACGAUAAGGGCGGAAAAGGUGGUGGGAAGGGGAAAUCUAGGGACGUAGAUCCUACUCCCCCCCCACAGCCCAACCCUGCCCCAGCUCCAGGCCCUGACCCCAAAGACCCCAAAUGCCCCAGCAAUCCCUCCGGACCCAAGGGGGGUAAAGAUGACAGUCGCCGCAGGGGCCUUCCUCCCAUGCCCUCCCCCCGUGGCGCUAGCAGCAUGCCCCCUGACUCCAUGAGCUACGAGAAGGUGGAGAUGGUGGAGUCAGUGGAAAAGUUCUCCAACGACCGCAAGACCAAGGGCUAUGAGGAGACGGCCAUGGUGGUGGAGACCAUGAUUGAGAAGACCAGCAAGAAGAAGCACUGAGUCUGAGGAGAUUGACUUCGACCAAAAGAGCUGGACAGGCUCCUCACAAGUUCCACCUCACCUUAUGCCAGCAAGAACAAACAAUGAGACCAAUAUGAGUCUCUGCUAAAGACAUUCUAAAAACACUGUUCAACCGUGAAUGAGACCAACUGCUAAGAGCCAGUCCUCACAUAGGAAACUGCUAAAGACUCCUUCCACAUUCCUGAUACUGCUCCUCUAUUCACUCACGCUCUCUGGCUUUGUGUUCAGCAAGAGUUAGCUGGUUCCAUAAUGCUGCUGUUGUUGUUUCUACCUACGCCAAUACCUUAUGCCUUUACUGUCUGAAAACUCAAAGUACCAACAUCGAAACAACAGCACAAGCCUCCUCGUCCCCCCCAAAAUAUAAAGUGAAUAAAAACAUGACUUUGAUGUGUGAAAAAAAUGGAUUACAUGCUACUGCCCUCAUGGAUGUUUGCCACCCUUCCAAAUCAAACCUUGCCCCAAACCUCCACCCAAGACUUAAUUUGUUCAAUUGGAUGCCAUUGACCGCCCUCAACACAGUCUUGCUGUGUAUAAAACUGCUUUAAUAA